GAACUGCAUGAAUAUAUCUCCUGGAAAUCGCCCGAUCCUUGCAUUGUUGGAUCGUAGAAUUUACAGCCUUCCUGCAUCCGAUUCCUCAAUUUGACGGCCCAUAAUCGAAGGGCCUGCAGCCAUGGCUUCGACAACCCCCCCGCCGUCGUCCCUAUUCCAGGUGUAUCUCCGCCUACGUCCCCCAAUGUCACAGCAGCAAGACGAACAACCCGAGCGCUGCUUGACAGUCGAAAAGUUCGAAGCUGCAGAAUCUACCCUGGAUGAUUCAGGCAUAGUCCCAGGCCCAAGCCAUAUUACUCUGCAACCGCCAAGUGAUUCUCGAAAGCGAGCAGUCGAGAGAUUUGGAUUUACCCGGGUCUUUGACGAGUCAGCGACACAACUUAAUGUCUUUCAGCAAACCGGAAUGCAAUCGCUCGUCAGGGGAGUACUGCUUGAACAGAGAGAUGGAUUGGUAGCAACGCUAGGGGUGACAGGAAGUGGCAAGAGUCAUACGAUUCUCGGCUCCAAAACACAGAGAGGAAUUACCCAGAUGAGUCUGGAUGUCAUUUUUCAAUCACUAGCCUCUACCAUCAAGCCUCCCGACAACACGAUUCCUCCUAUACUUUUAGCCUCGGUAGCGGCCUCUGAUGCUUCCGAAUCCCAAAUGUUCACGGCCCAGACCUUCCUUGAUGCUGUUUAUGGUGAACCCGGUGCCGAGCGUGGCAGAAGUUCUCGGGCCCAGACUCCCAUGAGUUCUUCAAGAGCUCACACCCCUAUGGCGGAACCAAUGCCGGCUCUGAUAUUCCCCCGUCGCCAUAUGCCACAGAGAACCAGCACACUCCCCCGGUCGCCCGAUGUUAGCCACCUAACAGUUGAGCUGAACCCUCAUUCCGAGUACAUCGUCUUGGUGUCCAUGUAUGAGGUCUAUAACGACCGCAUUUUCGAUCUUUUGUCUCCUGCCAUAAACCCAGGGCAAGGCAACGCCGUCUCCCGUCAAGGAGCAAAUGCACAGAAAGACCGCAGAAAGGCACUCUAUUUCAAGUCCACGGAAGGGUCUCCUGACCGAAAACUUGUAGCAGGCCUACGCAAGAUCGCUUGUAGCACAUAUGAAGAAGCGUUGGCGGUUCUUGAGAUCGGCCUUACAGAACGUAAGGUUACCGGAACUGGCGCUAAUAGUGUCAGCUCCAGGAGUCAUGGAUUUUUCUGCCUUGAAGUCAAGAGGAGAAUGCGGAACAAGCGAACCGGUGAAGAGAUGUGGAUUGGAAAUACACUCACGGUGGCUGAUCUGGCUGGCUCUGAACGAGCAAGGACCGCGAAGACUGCCGGAUCUACCCUCGUGGAAGCUGGCAAAAUUAAUGAGAGUUUAAUGUACCUUGGACAGUGUCUCCAGAUGCAAAGUGACAUUCAGGACGGAAAUAGGACUGCAAUGGUUCCUUAUAGGCAGUGCAAGCUCACGGAAUUGCUCUUUUCCAACUCUUUCCCAUCUUCUAAUCAAGUAUCGAGUAUCAAUCGCCAUCCACAAAAAGCUAUCAUGGUCGUUACCGCCGAUCCACUAGGUGAUUACAAUGCCACUUCACAGAUUUUACGAUACUCCGCCCUAGCUCGCGAAGUUACCGUUCCACGAGCUCCUUCGGUGGACUCAAUCCUAUCUAGUUCUCUAGGUUCUCGCAAGGGGUCUUCUGGAGGACGCAACUCGCCGCAUUUAGGUGCUAAUGAAGAACUUGAAAAAGCCCUAGCUGAGAUUCAGCGACUGCGCGCAGAGAACGAGAAACUUUCCACGAGGCUCGCAGAGGAGGAGGUUGUGAGAGCCGAACUAGAGACGGCACUGAAUAUGAGUGAGGAAAGGUGUCUCAUGAUUGAACAGGAAGUACGUGAGGAAUGCUGGGUUGAAAUGGAUGAGAGAAUGGAGCAAGAAAGGAAGAGAUGGCAAAGUGCCUGGGAUGAACAAACUGGACAUAACGACGAGCACAUUGACAAGAAGAUCGAGCUUAUGUCCAAGGGAUUCCAGAUUCACGAGGAUCCUGGACCUUCUUCGGAUGAACGAGUGGAAGAGCUCGAAUUCGAAAACGAUCAGCUUCGCAGCAAGAUCACCUCACUGGAGCGUGAGCUGGCAUGUAGGUCUCCGACAAAGCAAUCCAGGUCCAAGAACAAUACCCUCGGAAAAUCUCGCAAUGCCAAUAUCCUGGGCCGUGAAAGCGAUAUCGAAGUUGCCCUGCGCAAGAUGGACCAAUUGAAACUGGCCGAUAGCAUGUUUAAUGGUCCUUGCGCUGAUUCUCCCGGCAAGAAGCAGAGGAAAAUGGCAACUCGCAAAUGGGAUCUGGCUCCCGAGGAUGAUCUCCGAACCUUUUAAUUCAUGUAAAUGCUUAUGGUGUUUCUAAAGGGGCGUUCUUCUCUUGGGUAGAUUGCGAGCCCGUCGGAAUCAGGGUGUUGUACUGAUAGUUAUACUUACUUGUUAUUCUUAAUAGAUACCUACAUAAUGUGAUACCAAUAUUAAUUUAUGCAAA